AGCCGACCCACCAGCAUGACCUGGUCAUUGCCGCUGCGAUGGUCACCAUGGAGCCGGCCUGGUGUGAAGGCCUUGGUCACUGCCGGGGUGUUUGUAAGCAUCCUCUGGAACCUGAGAGUCUUCCUCAACCCCUCCAAAGGCUCUGGCGAAGAUUCUAAACACAGGGAGCCACUGGUGAUCCUGGUGUGGGAAUGGCCUGCAAAGCAGGUUCCCAAUGUCAGCAGAGACGUGUGCCAUGAGCUGUACGGCAUCACAGGCUGCCAGCUCACCACAGAGCGGCAUCUCCUGCACCAGGCUGAUGUGGUGGUGUUCCCCCACUCCAGGCUCCAGCCUGGCCGGGACAAACUGCCCAAGGAGAGGCGGCCAGGGCAGAACUGGGUGUGGGUCUCCCUGGAGUCCCCCUCCAACACUAGAGCUCUAGCAGCAUGGAACCAGACCUUCAACUGGGUGAUGACCUACAGACAGGAUUCAGAUAUCUUCAUCCCCUAUGGCAAGCUUGUGCCCAACAGGUCAGCCACUGUGAACAUCCCUGCAAAGACCAGCUUGGUGUCCUGGGUUAUCAGCAACUACCACAGGACUCAGAAAAGAGCUGAAGUCUACAAAAACCUCUCCAAGUACCUCCAUGUGAAUAUAUAUGGGAAAGCAAACAACAAGCCCCUCUGCAAGGACUGCCUCUUGCCAACAAUAUCAAAGUCCAAGUUCUACCUGGCCUUUGAGAACUCCAUCCACCGGGACUACAUCACAGAGAAACUCUGGAGGAACUCACUGCUGGCUGGUACUGUGCCUGUGGUGCUGGGGCCACCCAGGGCCAACUAUGAGCAGUUUGUUCCUGCAGACUCCUUCAUCCAUGUCAAUGACUUUGGCUCCCUGGAGGAGCUGGCCACCUUCCUGAAGACCAUGAACUCCAGCCGCUACCAGCAGUUCUUCGCCUGGCAGAGGAGGUUCAGUGUGAAGCUCUACACCGAUUGGAGGGAGCGGAUCUGUGCCAUCUGCACGGCCUACCCCCGCCUGCCCCAUGGCCACCUAUAUCCUGACCUGCAGGGCUGGUUCAACUCCUAGUGUGCCAAGA